CCAAAAUUCAAAGCCCAUAACCUACAUGUACAUGAUGUAUAUGUACACGUAACAACACAUCGACAAUAAAUUCUGUAGAAUUUUAGCCGAUACAAAGUCAAGAAUGUCGUCAGCAGACCUUCACCCGAAAGACAACUCAACUGGCGGUGAUGGAGACUCCAUCAGGGUCUACCUCCGGGUUCGUCCUCCCGACCAGGACAAUGGCAUCGACUCAGGCCAGAUACUGACUGUCCAGCCUCCGGACAUGGUCAUCCUGCCUUGCAAGCCAGAGCCUAAGGUCUUCACCUUUGAUCACGUGGCUGAUAUCCACACCACACAGGAAGCAGUAUUUGCUGCUGUUGGCAGGAAGACAAUCGAGAGCUGCGUGGCAGGGUACAAUUCCACUAUAUUUGCCUACGGACAAACUGGAUCAGGCAAGACAUUCACAAUGAUGGGACCUGAUGAGGCUGAUAAUUUCCACCAUGAACUGCGAGGUGUCAUCCCAAGAAGCUUUGAAUACCUGUUCAGUCUUGUUAACAGGGAACGUGAAAAGCAAGGAGAGCGAUUCGAGUUCAUGUGUCGCGUGUCAUUCUUGGAGAUCUACAACGAGCAGGUGUAUGACCUGUUGGACUCUGCCUCCAUGGGCCUACAGCUGAGGGAAAACUUCAAGCGUGGCGUCUUUGUUGAUGGUCUCAUUGAGCAGGAGGUUAACAAUCCCAGUGAUGCAUACAAGGUGUUGUCAACUGGCUGGCUGAACCGGAGAGUUGCUUCUACAUCCAUGAACAGGGAAAGCAGUCGCAGCCAUGCUGUCUUCACAUUCACCAUACAGACCAAGGAGAAGAAAGCUGGUGUGUCCAACAUCCGUGUGUCGCAGCUGAACUUGGUCGACCUGGCAGGCAGCGAGCGGCAGAAGGACACCAAGACGACGGGAAUCCGGCUGAAGGAGGCGGGCAGCAUCAACAAGUCCCUCCUGACCCUCGGCCAUGUCAUCACUGCCCUGGUGGACAUCGGUCACGGCAAGACCCGCCACGUGCCUUACAGAGACUCCAAACUCAGCUUCUUGCUGCGGGACUCUUUGGGUGGAAAUGCCAAGACGUACAUCAUAGCAAAUGUGCACCCAGGAGCAAAGUGUUUCGGUGAAACACUUUCAACUUUAAAUUUUGCCCGGAGAGCUAAGAUGAUUAAGAACAAGGCUGUAGUGAAUGAGGAUACCCAAGGUAAUACACUGCAUCUACAGUUGGAAAUCAAACGACUGCGAGAGCAACUCCAGCAGUACACACAAGGAUCUAUCCCAAAGGAACCAACUAGCUCAGGUAACUCAGCCUUGCUGAACUCGGGUCAGAUCAGUUGUAAUCUACUGGAGAAGAUCUCCAGGCUGGAAGACUUGUCCAACAAGAAGGAGCAGUACCUUCAAUCCACCAAGAUGAUCGUCAGGUUCAGAGAGAAUACCAUCGCCCGGCUGCAGAAAGCCCAAGGCAACGACGAAACCACGGAGGAUCAGCUGGUGAAUCUACUGGAGAAGAUCUCCAGGCUGGAAGACCUGUCCAACAAGAAGGAGCAGUACCUUCAAUCCACCAAGAUGAUCGUCAGGUUCAGAGAGAAUACCAUCGCCCGGCUGCAGAAAGCCCAAGGCAACGACGAAACCACGGAGGAUCAGCUGGUGAGUGACUUGAAGAGUGAGAUUGCCGCACUGAAGCAGCAGUUGGCCCGCAACCCCACUGUCACACAAUACGCCAUGGAGAAUUGCAAUCUGCGCAACGAGAACAAGAAACUAUUGGCUUUACAGUCAGUGCGUUCAGGCAUGGAGUACGACAACGACCGGGCUCAGCAGCUUGAAAAAGUCUUCAGGGAACUCAUGGCUUAUAUAGAGGGUGGGGAUCGCCGGACCAGCAUCUGCCCCUCUCCAUCCCGGACGCCCUCUCAACAUGGGGACCAUCACAUGGCCAUCUCCUCUACCUUUGACAAAUACAAGGCGCAGCUCAAGCAGAUGCAAGCAGAGAGGGACACAGCCAGACAGGAGCUGUCAGAACAGUCGGAGGUGUGGAGUAAGACACAACUGAAGCUGGAGGCAGAGGUGGCUUCUUACAAGAAGACUGUCAACGAGUUGGAGAAUGCCCUGGAGGCCUUCAAGGUCAAGACCAAGAUUGAGAGGGACACCAUGAAUAACCUGCAUAUGAAGACCAUCAGGAAUAUGGCAACCCCCAAGAAGGUUGCGCACACUCUCCGCAACCGAGUAAUCACAGUCCCCAACACCGACGACGGUACUCCUCUUAAUCCACGACGACUUGUGGAACCGUCGGAGGAAUCGUCACCUCUCACGGAUGAAGAGGGCAUUGUGGAUGAGGAGAUACCAGAGCACAUGAUCGAACAGUGCAACGAGGCGCUGACGGAGGAAGUCAAGAAGCUCCAAGAGGAAAACUCAAAACUCCUGCAGAGCCUCCAAGAUGAAGAGACAAACCGACUGAAACAAAAACAGACGGAAGCCCUCCUAGAACAUCAACUUGAACAGCAACAUCAGCUUUUAGAAUCUGAGCAGCAACAAAAGGUGGAGUUGAAAGCUGAAGCUGCCAGGCUUUUGACCAAACUUGACGACCUGGAGAAAGACUACUGCAUUGCCAAGAGCGAAGCUGAGGAUAUGAAGAUCAUGCUGCAGUCAGCAGAUAAAGUGAUGGGAGAGGAGAAGAAACAGCUACAAGAAGCUGUCGCUGAAAGGGAGAAAGCCUUCGCUGCCCUGGAAUCUAAGGUCAUCCGUACGGAGGUGGAGUUAUCCACAGCAAAGCGGGAGGCGGAGCUACUGACAGAGGAGAAGCGUGAGCUGGAGGAUGUAGAGAACACCUUGCAAGCCGAGGUGAACUUCAAGGAGCAACAACAGGAAGAAUUGGAGGCGGUCGUGAGGGAGGAGAGAGGACGUGUCCGGGCGCUGGAGGUGGAGAUGCAGUCUUUGAUGGAGAGACUUGACACCGAGUUUGAGAAGAAUGCCAAGUUGUCGGCUGAGCUGCGGGAAGGGUCGGACAGCAAACAGCAGCUGUUGGAAACCUUGGAGGUGAUGGAGCAGCUACGAGCCAGCAAUAGUCAGCUUCACAACCUCUGCAGCGAAAAGGAUACUCAUCUGACAAGAGCCAAGGACGAUUUGGAUGCAGCUUCUGGGACGAUAGCGGUGCUGCAGAAGAGAGCAGUGGAGGAUAAGGACGCCCUAGGCCGCAUGGUCGGCACUGUUCACGACCUCCGCCAGACAAUCCUGCUGAAGGAUGACUCGCUGAACCUUGCCAGCCAGGAGCUGCAGGACACCAGGCGCCGCUGCGAGUCCCUGCAGGCCGCCCAGGGGGAGUACAGGAACGAGGUGCAGGGGUUGCAGAGGGAGCUAGAGGAGCUGACAGAGGAGAUGAACAGCCUGGGCUGCGCUCACAACAUGGAGAUGGAGAUGCUUCAAGAAGAGCUAGAUGAGGUCAGAGGUCAGUACCAGAGCCUGAUGGGAGAGAUGACAGAGCAGGAGAAGCACCUUCAGGCUGCUCAGGCAGAGUGUGAGGCCAGUGCCGGACAGUUAGUCGCCCUUAAGAAACAGGUAUCUGACAAAGAAGAGGAGAUUGCAACACUGCAAGAGGUCUAUGAGACGCAACUGGAAGAGGUCAAGACCAAUCUCUCCACUGUUGUCAUAGAAACGACCCCUCAUCUAGACAGCCAAGAGCUGAAGCAGACAAUUGACAGCCAGGCCAAUGAGAUUGAGUCUUUGCGGACAAGACAGCAGCAGUUCACCGAGCUCCUGGAACAGUUUGAGAUCAUGAGGGAGACCAAGAAUGAGGAAAUACAACAGCUAAAGGAUUCUGUGGCAGAGCUAGAACAUGCGCAAGUUGAGAAAGAGAUCUUGAUGACCCAGUGUCAGACGCUGCAAUACCAGGUGGAACAAUGGGAGGAGAAGGCCAAAGAGAAGGAAAUGGAGAUGCAGUUUAGCAACCGUGAACUGCGUGAAGAAGUUAGUCGGGUCAAUUUUGCAUUUGACAGUGUCACCAAGCUUAAAGACGAGGCAGUGGAGGCUAGGCUGAAAGCCGAAACGGAACUAGCACAGCUGCAGUGCAACAGUGAACUCAUGGAGGAAAAUUCCGAACAGAUCCUGGAAGAACUAGAGAGGAUCAAGACGUUGGAGAGUGGCCAUUUUGAAGAGAAGGAGACCCUCAAGUCUUGUCUCAGCCAACUCCAAGAGGAGAAGACGCAGUUGCUGAGGGAGGUGAAACGAGUUGAAGAGAGGAACGAGGAGCUGACUGCCAUCAACACCAAGCUGGCUGGACAUCAGAACCUGAAACAGAAGAUUCACUACCACCAACAGGUCAAGAAUGAGAACUCACAGCUCAAAGAGCAACUACUGAAGACAAGAAAUGACUCGAAGUUGAUCAAAGGAGAACUGGAGCAGUACAAGAAAGUCUUUGGGGAUUUGAAGAGUAACAGUAACAGCAAUGGAAAUGGUACUGGCAAUGGUAAAGACCAUGGCAAUGGACAUGGUCUAGACCAUGACAACGGCCAUGGUAAAGACCAUGAUAAUGGUUAUGGCUAUGGUAAAGACCAUGGGAAUGGCCAAGACACUCUGCCCCUAGAGAUGGUGAAGGAGAAUGUUGAUCCAAGAACAGUCCUGUUAUAAGAGAGGAGUACAAACAUUCAGUAAUCAGACAUUUUUGUAUAACUGCAGUACCUUUCAGAAGGAUCAAUGCAUUCUGUAUUCAAGAAUUGAGUAUUUGACUCAUGACCACUUUCAUGCAUGAGACAUACUGGACAGCAGGCAGACUGUGUUCUUCAGGACAGUCCAUGUGCUCCAUUCAGUCAUUUUGUCUAAGUUAGAACUCGCAAGGAAUUCAAUAAAUUUCAUGCUUUGCAGACAAGUUACAUGUAAUUCCAUGCAAGAAAUUUGAAGUUGGUGAAAUUUUCUGUCCAGCUGGCCAUUGCAUGAAGUAAUGCAUCUUGAAUUAUUAAUGAUGUGCUUGAUUGAGGGCAAUUUAUCAUUGCUAGUUGGGAAGAAUACCACAUUCACUGAAACGAGAUUGACGUAGUAAGCACUCGACCUUCAUGUAAAAAUGUGAAGCACUUCCCAAGAGCUCAGAUAAUGAAUAUCAAAUAGACAAUGUCCAAGUUGAUUUGUUUGUAAAUUGAACGAACAGUUUCUCCGUAUUUUACUAUAUUCUGCAAGGAAUUUGAAGGAUGUGUUAUGAUCAAUGACCAAUCUUUCCAGAAGUUUCCUAUUUAUUAACGACCAAUCACUGCCUGUGUGUGUUCCAUUUGAGGUGUCGUAGUAUUAGGGGCAUAGGGAGAUGCACAGGGCUGGUGUAGAAAGAACUAGGCUUAAAAUUGACUGUAGCACUUUUUAAAUUGGUUCUGGUUCUAUCCAAAAAGUCAAGAUUCUCUUCAGACUCGGCUCCACAUUUCUCUGGCCACCCAUACGAGUAAAGCUCAGAGUAUCUACUCAUGGGCCAAAGUGGUGGAUGGCCAACAUCAGAUGACUACAGGGGAUAGAUUUAUCAGGGUUUUUCUUGAUUUCAGGAUUUUUUCAUUUUUUUUCUCAAUUCCGUAAAGUCCUUAAUUUACGAUUAAGGCAUUUUUUAUGAAAUAAAAGUCAAUACAGAACACAAGCAGUACCUUUAUACAAAGACACCAAAUGUAUACCAUUUGACCGUACACUGCUGCGAGCCCUUAACCACUCCCUGCUGGGCGACCCGUUUUCGAAUACAUACGCUUUAUAUGCAGAGCCGGGGAGCCUGG